AUGUCGACCGCCUCUCGAACUCGACCCAACCGUCGGGUGAAUAGUCUCGCAAAUAGCGAGCGCAUGUCCAUGUCUCGAAAUAGUUCUCGAUCACGACCGAAAGCUGUUAGUUAUACCGAUGCAUAUACAUUCGCCCUUAGAGUUGCGUAUCUGCACCACCUUCUGCAACCCCGACGAAAGACCAAACAAUAUAUCCCUGCAGAGAGAAAGGUGAUUUCAAGGAAGAGUGUUAUGAUAGGAGAGUUAAUGCAGGAUUUUUCCCUCACAAAGGAUACAAAAACCAAAUUCCCCAAUGGUUUCAUGUCGCAGUUGGAGAAACGUUUGCAGGGAGUCUUGACGGGAACUGAGAGGCGCCCAGAAUAUAAAGAACCGGUCGUCAAAAGAACCUUCGCAGAGGCGUAUACAGCUCUUACCGAACCAGGUUUUCGAAGGCGUAUGGAUAAAGAGAGACGUGUUGAAGACUUGGUAUUGAUAUUCUUUUCGAAUGCCACUAAAUCACUACAGAAGGGCAAGACAGCGGAUGACGAAUCGUGGAAAAACCUUGUGGAUCGCCAUGUGGCUCUGUUCGUGAGGUUGAUUAGUACAACUUUGAAGGAUCUUGAAAAAGACAAAGAUCGCCCUGAGCUGAUGAGUCGUCUAGCAAAUUUGGAGAACAAGUUAUUGACGAAUUCCCAAGAUUUAUAUGUUAACUCUUCUACUGCUCCAGGCGGUGGGCAUUCGAUUGAGGUGACUGCCCCAGUGAGCUACGAUGUCAAAGAUAUGCCCAUGGCACUAGUUGUUGGAAAGCUAUUUGGUAUGAGCAAUUCGGAGGUCCAAACAGACAUCGACUUGAACAAGAAUGUUUGGACGGAAUCUGCAGCGCUCAAUGAUCUAAAGUCUUACCAGCAUUGCCUGAAUUCGAACACGAAACGAACUCUACGAAGCGAGGAUUUUGAUGUUGAUGAAGGAUACCAAUCAUGGAAGAGGGCAGAAAUACCAGAACUUUCAGCGAUGAUUUCUGAGAUACUUCAAGCUAGACCAGAUCUCGUCAAGGCAACUGGCAAAAAUAGGGCUCUCCCACCUCUCCCACCUCUUUCCGUACCCUCUUCGGGUGCUGAAGAUCAAGCAUAUGCAGACCUAGCUAAGUCUAUAGCCAUCACAAGCCCAAUAGAUGGAGGCUCGGGCUACAAUUUUGAGCAACCCGCGGAUAUGACUUCGUUGUCCCUGGAAGAUGAUGAGCCUUCCAAAAUAUUUCUUGAAGAGGCCACAUAUACAUUUAUACCGACAGACACACGAGCAUACUAUCGAACGAUCCUCACUUAUGCCAUGACUCAUGAUCAAAUUCAUGCUCAGGCUGAUUGCGUUGAUUCCCAACCUCUCAGCAAACAAUCUCUAGAUUUGCUGACAGAACUAUGUAUCCGCUGGAGACUCCCUCAAUUCUCAAGACUUGUUCUCUUCUUGGAUGUCGCAAGCCAAAAAUUCUUAGAUCAAGAGAUCGGACUUGAUGAGCUUGAUACUGCCUUCGAAUUUAUCAAAAACCCACCUACGGAAGCUAAGCGUGCACAUACGCACACACAUUCUGCGAGUUUAUCCUCUUUUGAUCAAAAUAACUGGACGAUACAUGAUUUUGCUCUAUACCGUCAAAUUCUGACAAAUCUACAUGACGCACUUCUCCGUGAUCUAUAUGAUCUUCUACAACAUUGCUAUGAGGCUAAGCCGCCUUCUCCUGGCCCAGUCCUACUUAUCCUAGAAACCCAUAUCAAAAGCGACCCCUUAUUCUCAACAAGCCCCGGCGGCUACGAUACUUAUGUUGAACAGUUGGUUGAAGGUCUGAGAUCUAAAGCUGCAGAAGUAUAUCGGGAAUAUCUUGAAGCAGAAGUUCCUCAAAAUCAAGAGGAAUGGGAAUUUUUUCAUGUUGUUCAGUUGGGAAAAUCCGUCGUAAAGUUAUGUGAGCGGAUUCAAAAGAGAUAUCGGAAGAAUCCUGAAAUCAUGGGUGUCAAUCCUUUAACCAUUCUUGUGGAGACGAUGUUUCCUAGCUUCGAGGAUGAUGCCAACGAUUUAAUUCAGAGAAUUCUCCACGUAGCACACACCAAUGAAAGCGAAGUCCCCUUACAGGAUGGGUUUGAUCUAUACAAGGAACUUGUGGAGAUCCGCAGCAUCCAUCACGAAAUUCUACCCAGUAGAUCCUUCGCUUUCAAUAUAGAAGAUUUGCUUGCUGAUUUUGUCUGGCGAUGGAUUCGUACUGCUGAUGCGAAAACAGUAGAUCUCGUUGAUCAGGCUAUCAAACAAGAUCAAUUCCAGGUUCGCUCGGACCAUCCUGACCAGAUCCCAUCAGAUGAUGAGCGUCACAGUGUGUCUAUCAUUGACGUAUUCCGUCUCUUUAACCAGAUGGCUGAUCAGAUUUUUCAACUUAACUGGGCCGAUACGAUUCAACACGCUAAAUUUAUGACAGCUCUGUCGAAAUCUUUUGGCAUUGGGCUUGCGAGAUAUUGCGAGGUUAUUGAGCAAAAAUUCACGAAAGAGAUGGACAGAUUGUCUCCCGCACAAGAAGCGGCCGCGUCACAGUCGAAACAGGAGAAGUGGAUGCAAUUGGCUAAAGAGGCUUGGAAUAACAAGGAGAAGAUAGAACCUUUCCAAUUUUACCCCGAAUCUUUUGUCAAGCUUAACAAUAUCGAGUAUGCUGUGCAGCAACUUGAUACACUCGAAAAGACAAUCAACGUCGAUGCGUGUGCAGAUCUUCUUGCCAAGAAUGCACCACCGGUAGAGAAAAAGAGAAGAACUGCGAAAUAUGUGUUCACAAUUAAGAUCGUGGAAGGCGAGGAUCUUAAGGCUUGUGACCCUAAUGGCACCAGUGAUCCCUAUGUCGUUCUCGGUGACGAGUAUCAGAAGCGCUUAGCCAAGACUCGAGUCGUGAUGAGAAAUCUCAAUCCUCGUUGGGAUGAGUCGGUGGAUAUAACGGUACAAGGUCCAUUGAACAUCAUUGCGACCAUCUGGGAUUGGGACACAUUUGGUGAUCAUGAUUACGUUGGAAGAACUUCCCUGAAGUUGGACCCAGCUCACUUCAGCGACUAUAUGCCCCGUGAGUAUUGGCUCAAUCUUGAUACACAAGGCCGAUUAUUGUUGCGUGUCAGUAUGGAGGGAGAACGUGAUGAUAUCCAAUUCUAUUUUGGCAAGGCUUUCCGUUUGCUCAAGAGAACCGAAAGGGAUAUGACGCGCAAGAUCACGGAUAAGCUGUCACAAUACAUCAGUAAUUCUCUUUCACAUGACGCUCUAAAGGGCUUACUCUCUCGAGGAAUUUCAGUAGCAUCAGUAACCAGUCUCUGGAAGAAUCGACAAUCAGUAGCCCCAACAUUAACUCCCCAAGACGUCGAGAACGCCCUGAAACCACUGUUCAAUUACUUCGACGAAAACUUCGCUAUUAUGAAGCAGACUUUAACUGAUGCAUCUAUGAUUAUGGUAAUGACUCGAUUAUGGAAGGAAGUUCUUCUUGCACUUGAGAGUCUCCUAGUCCCGCCUCUCUCAGACAAACCAUCUACUCAAAGACCACUCACACAACAAGAAAUGGACAUUGUUUUUAAAUGGCUUGAACUUCUCUUCGAAUUCUUUUACGCUCGAGAUGAGCAAACUGGCGAAGCAAUGGGAGUGGCAGCCGAUGUUCUUAAAUCCCCCAAAUACCACGAACUCGCCUCCCUCAACUUCUUCUACUUUGACACCACCGACAACCUCAUCCGCACCUCUGAAAGAAUGGCUACCGCAACCGCUCAACGUGCUCAACAACAACGCAAUCGUCUUUCAGCACCCGCUACUCUCGGUGCUUCAUUUGGAGGCCUCAUGGGCUCGACUUCGAUGCGUAGGAGUAAGAGUAUUAUGUUGAGUCGAAAUCUGGGAACGAUGAAGAAGGCUAAGGAGGAAAAGAGGAAGCAGGCACAGGCAGAUCCAAGUGAUGAUAUGAUCUUGAGAAUUUUGAGGAUGAGACCGGAGGCUACGGCCUAUUUGAGGGAUAGGAGUAGACAGAAAGAGAGAUUAGCAGCUGCUGCGGCGGCGGAAAUGAUUGUGAGACAGAGUCUGGCGAGUGGAGGUGGACCAAGAUUUGGGGCGAAUAAUUUGCCGAGGAGAUAG